AUGGCCAGGGAGGACUCGGUGAAGUGCCUGCGCUGCCUGCUCUACGCCCUCAACCUCCUCUUCUGGUUGAUGUCCAUCAGCGUAUUAGGUGUUUCUGCUUGGAUGAGAGACUACCUGAAUAAUGUUCUCACUUUAACUGCAGAAACAAGGGUGGAGGAGGCUGUCAUUUUGACUUACUUUCCUGUGGUCCACCCGGUCAUGAUUGCAGUCUGCUGUUUCCUCAUCAUAGUUGGAAUGCUGGGCUACUGUGGAACAGUGAAAAGAAAUCUGUUGCUCCUUGUCUGGUACUUUGGAAGCUUACUUGUAAUAUUCUGCGUUGAACUGGCCUGUGGUGUUUGGACCUAUGAGCAGGAAAUCACGGUUCCAGUGCAGUGGUCUGAUAUGAUCACGCUGAAAGCCAGAAUGACCAAUUACGGCCUACCUAGGUACCAGUGGUUGACCCAUGCUUGGAAUUUCUUCCAGAGAGAGUUUAAAUGUUGUGGGGUGGUGUACUUCACAGACUGGCUGGAAAUGACAGAGAUGGACUGGCCGCCUGACUCCUGUUGUGUCAGAGAGUUCCCAGGAUGCUCCAAGCAUGCACAUCAUGAGGAUCUCAGUGACCUUUAUCAGGAGGGAUGCGGUAAAAAAAUGUACACUUUUUUGAGGGGGACGAAGCAAUUGCAAGUGCUGAGAUUUCUAGGAAUCUCUAUUGGAGUAACGCAGAUCCUGGCUAUGAUCCUCACUAUUACUUUGCUGUGGGCUCUGUACUAUGACAGAAGGGAUCCUGGGGCGGAUCAGAUCAUGGCCCUGAAGAGUGAUACCUCGCAGCAGCUGUCAUGUCAUUCCGUGGAGCUACUGAAACCAAGCCUGACAAGGAUCUUUGAACAUACGUCCAUGGCAAACAGCUUUAACACACACUUUGAAAUGGAAGAGCUGUAG